AUGUCGUCGUCGUUGAUGGACGUUAUUUAUCAGUAUAAAUGUAUAAAAAUAUCAAAAUUAAGUAAAUUAUUAAAUUAUAAUGAUGAAGAUAAAAUAAAAUCUGAAAUUGAUGAACUAAAUAAAAAAUUGGAUGUUAUCAAUUUAACAAUAAAAGUAUUUGAUGAUUAUUGUUUAUUAGUAAAUUUAAUAGCAGAUGAUAACAUUUUUAAUAAUUAUAAUCAAUCUGAGUUGCUAUUCUUAAAGUCUAUUCUAUCAGCUAUAAUAAACAAUGACGAUUAUAGAAUAUCAUCAAAUAAUUCAUUAAACCUGCAAUCAACUUUGACUUUAUCUUAUAAGCAAGAGUUUCUAGAUAAGUUAGUGGAUACCUAUUGGUUAAAGUCUGAUGAUGAAUUUUACUAUCUGGGUAUUAGAUCAUUAAUUGAAUUAAAUGAUUUAUUAGUAGAUUUAUCUGAUAAAGAUUUAUAUUUCAGUCACUUUAAUCACAUUAUUGUAACUAAUUAUUAA